UCUUUCGAAUUAUUUCUAUACAUACAAUUUGUGCAGCUGAAAGUAAAUAUCACUAAGCUGGAAACGUCUUGUUCGUUAGAUCAGUUUUUUUAAAUGGUGAAGAUUGUUCUAAAGAUGAACUUUAUAGUUAUUAUAUUUUUCUUGUUCUCGGGACGCGAUGUUUUUACCAAGUCGAUACAAAACGUCACAGAAAUUUCAAAUGAAUUUCUACAGAAUAGAUUGGAUAAAAUGGAAGCGUCACUUAGUGUUCUGGAGUCGACUCUCAACAAUAUCAGCGCAGAUAAAAAGGAAGAUGCGGUUAUGUUCUUCGCAAUAAUCAAAAGUCGAUCUUUCAAUUUAGAAACAGAAUCUACAGUGGUGUUUGACACUAUUGUCAUAAAUGAAGGCAGUCAUUACAACAACUAUGAUGGUGUAUUUGUUGCUCCACGUGAUGGUAUAUAUUUAUUUUCAUGGACUGUAUCAUCUAGUGGUGCCAGCCGUGUCAUGACGGAAUUGGUAGUAGAGGAUGAAAUCAUCACAUCUACGGGAGAGAGAGAUGCUGACUCUGUUAGUUAUAUGUCAGCAUCAAUGACUGCGAUAUAUAGAAUGAAGAAAGAUGGCCACGCUUGGAUAAGAACAACUGGUUAUGGUAGUCCACAUUAUUUCUACAGUGAGGACAAUUAUCCAAGAACCUCAUUUCUUGGUCUUUUGAUUCGUGCUGAAUAACAACAAUGAAGUAAAUUAGUACAAAUAUGAUAUACAUAAUUAUUUUAUUUGAUUUUCUGACUCUUAAAUCAACUUCAUGGUUAGAGAAAAACUUGCAACCUGUGUCUUAAAUUAAGCAACAUAUUUAUAUCAGUCAGAUUGUCAUAAUAUCAUAUUCGAUGUGCGAAUGUUGGCAAUGACAAUCUUGGAUUUUAGUGAGUGUGAUAUUUUCAAUGAUUAAAAAAAAAGAUUUGAAAAAAAAGUCGUAAUUUAAGUUGGUAA